GAGGUGAGGCAGGUGCGCGAGCCAGACAGUGAGUAUGGCUUCGCAUUCGGAUUUUACGCCGAGUAGUCGAGGCAGGGCUCAGCGGAAGAGUCCCUUCGAGGGAAGCCGGCAGCGGGGGGUUCCCCUUCGAAGGGCUUCCUUCGUGGACACUUCCAAAGAGUCAUACCUUAAGAGUUCCAGCAGCCUCAGUGAAAAUGAUGGCUACACUUCAAAAGUGACCUUAGAUUUUGAGCAAAAGGUUCGUCUAAGGAGUCUUCAAAAACCAAGAAGGAUUGAUCAUUAUAAUCAAAGAACGAAAGAGGAAAGUAAACAAACCAACAAUCCUGAUUGGACUUCAGUUCAACAAACUUGGGAGAGCUCUACAAUGGAUAUGGACUUCAAAAGUUUUCAACACAUGGAAAAAUCUUUGGAAGUAGCAGAAAACAACCUUGAACAUUUAAAGUCUAUGGAGGAGAUCACUCAACAUUUGAUGACACAAGCAAAGUUGGAAGAAGGCAGGACUGCAGAUAUUAUAAAUACCAAAUUUGCACACUUGACUGCUUCUCUAAAUUCAAGGAAAAGGAAACUAGAGGCGGAGUUGGUAAUGAACACCGAUUACUAUGUAACAGAUGUGCAUGGUGUCCAAGUUUCAAUUAAAGAGAAAAAAAGUAUUUUGGAUGGUGCCAUAAAGAUAGCAAGGGAGUUGAAAUCAGCUAGUAACUUAAAGUCUUGCCAUAGUUUAAACCAGAUUCUCUGCAAGCUGAACAUGACAAUUGAGGAAGAAAUCUUAAAACUAGAUAAUCUGAAAAAAAGAGAAUUUCCAUGUUUUUACAUGGAUUGGGAUGAGAUUACUCAUGUGUUGGAAAACAUGGGGGCAGUUUCCUGUGAUGUCCCUAAUGUGCACCAUCUUGGAAGCAAUCCUCUAAAAGUGACCAAUAUUGGAAAAGAAUUCAAUAACAGUGCUGUAACUCAAGUAGAUGUAAAAUGUCAAGCAUUUGUUGAUGACACUUGUGCAGUUCCUUCCCUUCAAAAGUCUGAUAUGUGUCCUGAAGGAAGUUACACUGGGUUCCAAGAGAGGGCUCUGUUAUCCAUCCAGAAAUGUGGUAAUGCUUUUCCAGAAACAGCAUCCUCCCCAGAUGUCAUAAUUGAAGAAAUAAUUGAAGAUGAUCAAGAAAAUUGUCCUGAAGGUGCACAUAGGAAAAUGUCUUUCCCAAAAAAGCUGACACCAUUUGGACCAAAAGCAGAAUCUCCUGAAUUAGUUGUUGUCAGCUAUGUUCUAAAUCCUUGCCAUUUCUAUGUUCGGAAAGUUUCACAAAAGAAAACUGCAGUUCGUUUGGAAAAAAUCCUGAAGCAGUUUUGUAGUUAUAAAAGUUCAUCCCCUAGUGACGUUUUGGAACUCGGUACUAAAAUUUUCGUUGAAAGCAAACAACAUAGAACAUGGUGUCGUGCAGAAAUAAUUGAACUACUUCCACUGCAGAAUACAAAUGAGGGAAAACCCUGUGGUCCAACUAAGUACAAAAUUUGUGAUAUUGCAAUGAUGAAAGUAUUCCUUACAGACUUUGGGCAUCCAGAAGCUUUAGUUGUUUCAAGAGUACCUGAUGAAGUUGCUGUGAAUAUAGAACAAGUCACUUUAGAAUAUACAGUAAUUGAAGAUUUAUGUUUGGUUGUAAGGAAACCUGAUUUAUUUACUGAUGCACAACUGAAUGAUAUAAAUAAGUUAGCAUUGCAGUGUUCCUUGAAGGACAUCGUUCCCAGACAUUCAACUGAAGGUUGGGAGAAAAGAGCAAGGACAGAAUUUCUAAGAAUGGUAAAUAACAAAGCUGUUUUAAUGAAAGUGUUCAGAGAAGAAGGUGGUGUGCUUAUUGUAGAUCUGAUGAAACCUGCAGCAAGCAAGAUAAGUAGUGACAUGCCAGUAUCCCUCAGAGAUGCUUUGGUUUUUUUGGAUUUAGCAAGAUUUCGCUAUGAACUUUCUGAUCGGUGUGAAAAUACUGAACCACUGCAGUACUGUCUGCCUAUGAUACCACAAGAAAAUUCAUCAUUUCCUGUUGUUGUUAGUUAUAUCAAUAAUCCUGGUGACUUUUACAUUCAAGAGGUGGAACGAGGCCCAGAAUUUGCAGCAUUUCUAAGCAAAAUUGUGGAAGUAUAUAAAUGUGAAGAUGAAGUUGGCUUGGAAAUCCUCUGUCCAAUACAAGGUCAAGCAUGUGUAGCAAAAUUUGAUGAUGGAGUAUGGUACAGAGCACAGGUAGUUGGAUUGCCAGGCCAUCAAGAAGUUGAAGUUAAAUACGUUGACUUUGGCAAUACUGCGAAAAUAAAAAUGAAUGAAAUGCGUAAAAUAAAAGAUGAGUUUUUAGCCCUUCCAGCAAAGGCAAUCAAAUGCAAGUUGGCUCAUAUUGCACCAUGUAAAGGAUCAGAUGAAUGGAGUAGGAAAUCAAAAGACAGAUUUGAAGAACUAACUGAAGAUAAAUCUGUGUUUUGUGUUGUUAAUGAGAAAUCUCAAGAUAAUGUACUGGUCGUUGAGCUCUACGAUAGCAUGAAUGUAUAUCCUGAGGUGUCUUGUAGUGUUAACAGCAUUUUGGUUAAGGAAGACUUGGCUUCUUACAUAGAAGGUAGUAUCAAAGUGUCUACCAAGUCUCAUAAUGAAAUAUGGGAUCCGUCUUUUGAAGAAAUUUGUAAAACAAAGAAAACAAGAUUAACAUGUGGAAAUCAAGACUUGUCACAGUUUGCAGAUGUGGAAUUAGUCUGUAACAAAGAAUUGCAAGUGAGAAUUAACCAUGUUAUAUCACCAAGCAGGAUCUUUGUACAUUUUAUGUCAUUAGAACCAAUUCUGGAAAGUUUACAGGAGAGGAUGACUGAUACUUACUUGAAGUCUAAGAGUGAAACAAUUACCUGGACAGUUGAUAUGCAUUGUGCUGCUUACAUAGAGGAUCUGAAUCAAUGGCAAAGAGGCCAGAUCAGCAGGAUUGUUUCUGAAAACAGUGUGGAGGUGUUCCUCAUUGACCUUGGUGCAAUAAAAAAUGUGGAAAGUAAGGAUUUAAGAGAACUUAAACAUGAUCUGAAGACACCCAAGCCUCUAGCAGUGGAGUGCUCAUUAACAGAUAUAAGGCCAGCUGGUGGGACUGAGCAUUGGACAGCAACAGCAUGUGAUGCUCUUAGAAAUCACUUAACGGGAAACGUGGUGACCCUAAUAAUACAGGAAAUUAAUUCUUCACCAUUACCUGUGAAAAUACGUAAUAAAGAUGAAAGGAUGUGUGCUGAUAUCUCAGAAUAUAUGAUUAAGAAAGGUCUAGCACUUAGGGGGGAAAGAAGGCUGAAAGCUGAUGCAAGUACACCAUCUUCCUCCAUCCCCUGUGAAAUGCCAUUCGAGCAAAAUAAUACAGAUGCAAACAACUUGCUUGCAGAAGCAGAAAGUCCUGCAAUGUCUUUUGAACCAGAGAAGGGGACUAACUUUCUGCCAGAAACAGAAAGUCCUGCAAUGUCUUCUGAACCAGAGAAGGGCACUAACUCUUCAGUUAGUAAAGAAGAAGAUGCAGAAGGAUCUAUGGCUCAGCCUAUGGUAGUUGAGACAUACAAGCCACCAGCUAUUCCAAGCGUGAAUCACUUCAGUGCUAUAAUUAGCUGUAUUUCAGACAAUGGAACAAUUUAUGUGACCCCACAGUCAGAAGAAAUAAAGCUAACCAAGUUGAUGAGUGAUAUACAGAGUAACUUCAAAUCCUUAGGUCUUCUGGAACCCUACAGUUGGAAAGUAGGAGAAGCUUGUGUUGUAAGGGCAGCAGAUACAUUGUGGUAUCGAGGUGAAGUAAGAGAAAUUGGUCAUGGAAUCAUCAGGGUACAAUAUGUGGACUAUGGAUAUAUUGAGAGAAUCCCUCAGUGUCAUCUCUACCCAACUGUUCUUUAUGCUGACAUACCUCCAUUUGCCAUACCAUGCCACCUCUAUAAAGUUGUGCCAAUUGGAGGUGUCUGGCAGCAAGAUGCAGUUGAACUCCUUCGAGAACUUCUUACAAAAAGAAUCGUUGAAAUACAUAUUAUGGAGCAUUCAGAAAGCCUGUCUGGGAAAGUGUGUAUUAAACUCCAUUUUGAUGGAAUGUCACUAUCACACUUCAUGGCGUACCAUAAACAUUGUAUUAAUGAAGAUGCUGAUGACAGUAUGCCAAAACUGGAGAUAACAAAUGGAGAUGAAGAGCAGUUGGAAGAAAACUGUGAAAUCAGUUAUGAGGAUUUAAUGCUGCCUGAACUAGACACUCCUCCUCUGCCUCUUUACACUGCACCAGUGCUACCUGUUCUUGGAGAACUCGUACCAGUGAAAGUAACACAUGUUAUAUUACCUAAUGAGGUGUUCAUUUCCCUUGUUCAGUCAGGCAGUGUCAACAAGCAUAAUAAUGAAGAGAACAGAGGAUUUUUUGAAAAUGUAGAUGAAGCUUUGAGCCAUUAUAAUCAGAACAUAGAGUCCAUUCCUUUCCUAACUGAUUUUCGAAAAGACAUGCCUUGUCUUGCCAAGUAUAGCGAUGAGUUAUGGUAUCGUGCAAAACUGCUCAAUAUUAGUGAGUUCCAGCCUCUUUCAAUUCUGGUGCAAUUUGUCGACUACGGAUCAACUGAGACAUUGCCCACGAGCAGAUUACGCCAGCUACCUUCUCAGUUGAUGCAAUAUCCUGCACAAGCAUUUAAAGUCCUGUUGGCUGGAUUUAAGUCUGCUUUAUGUGAUCCAGAAGCAGAAAGAAUUCCUUAUUCUCCUAACUGGAAUAUAGAAGCAUUGUGGGCUGCAUUGGAUUGUUUCAAAGGGAAAAAUCUCUCUGCUUCCUCAGUAACACACACCCCAGAGCAUACUGUGUUUUUGUAUGAAGAUGGACAUUUGUUUCAUAUGAAGCUGGUAGAAAUGGGAUUUGCAGAAUUAAUCUAAUGAUAGAUACAAGUUUUUGAUUAAAACCCAUGCCUGAAUGGGAAGAAGUUUCCUUACAGUUCUCUUAUGAAGAUUUUUUUAUUUUAUUUCUGUAGUGUAUAACUCCUUUUCUGUUGAAAUGUUGAAAGGUGUUAAAUAAAAAUAGUUUUAGAUGCA